AUGGAACAGAACGUUCCUCUGUACGAUUUGGAUCCAGUAUCGUGCACAGCUCAACAUAGUGAUGCGCUUGCUGCUCUCCGUUUGCUGCGCAGCUACAAUCACUUUUUGAUGCCACCGGAUGUACACGGCGUGGUUCCGCUGUUGGCUUCAUUACCGCAGUCUUCGUGUCUGCCACCAUACUGUCAGCACCUGCCAGUGGGGACCGCACCACUGUUAUCCCCGGCGAGUGUUUCCGGCUGUGAGAGUGAAAUGAGACGGCGCGGGGAGAAGAGACCUAUCCCCGCUGAGCUCAAGGAUGAGAAGUACUUCGAGAGGCGUCGCCGCAACAACCAAGCCGCAAAGAAGUCGAGGGACGCUCGAAGAAUUAGGGAAGAUCAGAUCGCAUGGCGAGCCUGUUUCCUGGAACAAGAGAACGCGUCGCUGCGCGCUCAUGUCGCCGCUCUCCGCCAGGAGACGCUGACACUGCGCACACUGCUCGCCGGCAGCGCUGCCGACACCGCGCACCAAUCCCACGACACCCGCACCACGCGCCACAUUGCUCCAUCUUCCACUACCGCCGAUUGA